GAACGCUGACCGGAAGUGUGAUUUAAACAGUAGGAGGAUUUGUGUUGGUUGGUUGUUGAGACGUUUAUAAACUUUUAUUAUUUUAUUUGCUACAUCCUCUUGGUCCACAAAAUGGGGAAAAGACAGCAUCAAAAAGAUAAGAUGUACAUCACAUGUGCAGAAUACACUCAGUUUUAUGGAGGGAAAAAAUCAGAAAUCCCACAAUCCAAUUUCAGACGUCUGCCCUUUGAUCACUGCAGUUUGUCUCUUCAGCCCUUUGAGUAUCCCAUGUGCACGGUGGAUGGGGUGGUUUUUGAUCUAAUGAGCAUAGUGCCUUGGAUUAAGAAGUUUGGUACCAACCCCAUAACUGGAGAGAAGCUUGAGGCUAAAUCCCUCAUCAAGCUUAACUUCAGCAAAAACAAUGAAGGGAAGUACCACUGUCCUGUGCUCUACACAGUGUUCACAAACAACUCCCACAUUGUUGCCAACAAAGUCACAGGAAAUGUGUUCUCCUAUGAGGCAGUGGAACAGCUCAACAUCAAGACAAAGAGUUAUAAAGACCUGCUGACAGACGAACCAUUCACUCGUCAGGACCUCAUCACACUACAGGAUCCCACAAAUCUGGAUAAAUUCAAUGUCUCCAACUUCUUUCAUGUGAAAAACAAUAUGAAAGUCCUCGAUCCUGAUGAGGAGAAAGCCAAGCAGGACCCAUCAUACCAUCUGAAAAGCACAAACCUGGAGACGCGAGAAACGUUAGCAGAGCUCUACAGAGACUAUAAAGGAGAUGAGAUGUUGGCCUCCACUAUGAAAGUGCCAGAAGCCAAAAAAACAGACAAGCUCAAUGCUGCUCACUAUUCCACUGGAAGAGUGUCAGCCUCCUUCACAUCUACAGCGAUGGCUCCAGCCACCACCAAUGAAGCAGAUGCUAUUUCUGAUGAUGCCGUUCGCUACCAAUAUGUUAAGAAGAAAGGCUAUGUCCGCCUGCACACAAACAAAGGAGACCUGAAUGUGGAAUUGCACUGUGAUAAGGUCCCCAAGGCUGGAGAAAACUUUAUUAAACUGUGUAAGAAAGGAUAUUAUGAUGGCACAGUAUUCCACCGCUCUAUUCGAAAUUUCAUGAUUCAAGGAGGAGACCCUACAGGGACUGGUACAGGAGGAGAGUCUUACUGGGGGAAGCCAUUCAAGGACGAGUUCAGGCCCAAUCUGUCUCACACGGGUCGUGGUAUUCUGAGCAUGGCUAACUCAGGACCCAACACAAAUAAAUCCCAGUUCUUUAUAACAUUUCGCUCAUGCACAUACCUGGACAGGAAACACACUGUGUUUGGAAGAGUGGUUGGUGGUUUAGAGACCCUCACAGCGAUGGAGAAUGUUGAAAGUGAUCCAAAGACAGACAAACCCAAGUCUGAGAUAAAGCUGCUGAGCGCUACAGUAUUUGUGGACCCGUAUGAGGAAGCAGAUACACAGAUUGCAGCCGAGCGAGAGAAGGAAGCACAGAAGCAGGAGGAAGAGAGAGCACAAACCUCUGCUUCAGUCAACAAGGCAAAAACAGAGGACAAGCCUAAAACCUUUAGACCUGGAGUGGGCAAAUACAUCAACAUGACUGCCACAUGGAUGGAUGGAUAGACGUAUCUCAUAAUGGCAGGAUCAUUAUUUAAUGAUAUAAACCGCUCUGAUGGUAAAUGAGUGUGUUUGUGGGUGUCACCAGUUAGGGGUUCGUCCCACGCCACAGCAGGACUCAGGAUAUCAGCAAAGUUUACAGAGAACGGCAGGAGAUCAUUCUAAUUAUCCCUAACAACCCCACUGCUUCUCACACACACACACACACACGACCGACUGUUAAACAGACAUACACAUACACAGUAAUAUGAACACCUGCUACACACACACACUGCUACCUGAUGGGAACAGCGCCAUGUUUCACAUGCACAUGCUGCAUGCAAGUAAUAUGAAAAAUAUGCUUGUUAUUCAGUUUCACUUACUGCUUUUAACUUACACAAACAUGGGGUUCGGAUAAUUAAAUUCAAAGAAUUACAUCGUCAAUUAAUGUCAUGUCAAUUAAUCAUGUUUACAUAACAUAAAUCUAAUAAUGAUACAAUUGAAAUUAACUGCAAUAAAUAGAUGAACAAAUUAUUUAAAUUCAUGUGAAUAUUUGUGGAAACAAAUGCUUAAU